GCCCUUUGACGUAAGCCAUGCGCGUCCGGAAAUGCCUCCCGCGGCGCGCUGAGGGCAUCUGCAUUUCCUAGAGUGCCCCGCGACCACGCGGAUGCGAAGCCUUUUGGGAAAUGAAGUCUUCUAGUCAAGGGCUGGCCGAAACUCCGCUGCAUCUGGGUCCUCGCGUCUCGGAGCGUCUAAGCGUCGGGAGAAAAAAAGAACUCAGAUGUGGGCCCCGGAUGUGAGGGAGUGACUUAUCUGACGCGGACCGAGCGUUCGCUGAGUGGAAAGUGUACCACACUCCCACUGUCUCCACGCGCUUCCUCCGCGCUCUGGAGUGGGCCUGAUUUUUCUUUUCCCAGCCCCCUUAGCUCACGAGCCCAGGGACCAGAGAGAACUGGGAUGUAGGGGCGCCCCAAUGCCGUGCUGCUGGACUGAGGGCAGAGUGUUGAGGAGGGUGGCCAGAGUUCAAAGGUCAGAGGUCGGUGUAGCCAAGAGUUGGGGGGGUCGAGUGUGGCAGGGGCGCUAGGGAGACUCCAAGGACAGCCUCCUUGGGGGACAGAUCUGUGGGAAGGGGCGUGGAGGGAGGAGAAGCUGUGAGUGUGUGUGUGUUGAGGGGGCGGACGUAGCGCCGAGGGGAGCAAGGAGUCCCCAGAAUUUCACGGAUUUGCACCCUGUCCCUUCGCGGGAUCAACCACUAAGUCGCAACCCCACAGCGAUCUGCAGCGUGAGGAGAUGGCCUCUCCCUCGAGACAGCCCCCUCUGGGGGGGUCGGGACUGCUGCAGGGGAGCCGGGCGCGUUCUUACGGGAGCCUGGUGCAGUCGGCCUGCUCCCCCGUGAGAGAAAGACGCCUGGAGCAUCUGCUGCAGCCUGGAGACACCCUGGCUGGACUGGCUCUCAAAUACGGGGUGACGAUGGAACAGAUUAAGCGUGCAAACCGCCUUUAUACAAAUGACUCCAUCUUCCUGAAGAAAACCCUCUACAUCCCCAUCCUGACAGAGCCCAGAGACCUGUUCAGUGGUUUGGAUUCUGAGGAAGAAAAAGAUGGAGAGGAAGAUGGACACCCAAGCAAGGAUGAUGCUUGGCCGCACUCCACGGAGAGGAAGAAAGGAGAGACAGGUGCAGGACAUGCCAACGGUGACGUCCCCCCAACGGCUCGCCAGGAACUUGCCACACCCACCCAUGACCUCUCAGCCUCCGAUUUCCUGAAGAAGCUUGACUCACAGAUCAGCCUGUCAAAGAAAGCUGCCGCUCAGAAGCUGAAAUGGGGGGAAAGUGGGGUCCCUGGGGAGGCAGAUCUCCAGCUCAACUCCCCUCGGACGCAGCAGCGAGCAGUCUUAGGUCCUGUGCCCCUGACCCGGACCUCUCGGACCCGGACACUACGGGACCAGGAGGAUGAAAUCUUCAAACUCUGAUGUCUCCAUAACUGGUCGAAAGAAGCAGCAGCUUGAAGGGGAGAGGAGCCUGAGGUGAGGCUCAAGAACAUGGCUUCCCAGCCUGCCUCUGUCAGCUCCAGCCCCCUUGCCCUUCGAGAGUUCCUUGGCCUGGGGCAGUUCUCUUGGCAAGAGUAGGGGUGGGUACUGGACUCCUUCCUGGUUCCUGGACUGAACCUAGUGCUGUCCCGCAGCUGCAGAAGGCUCUCUCUGCGCCCUGGCUGCCUUCCCUGUCCGUUUCACGGGGCCCUGCCAUUAGAGCAGGGAAAGAGGGGCUCCCCUGGUCUCCAAUGAAGUCAUAUAAUUUAUUUGGUGCUAUGUUCAAGUACUAUUUAUUUGUUGUAUUCUAUUCCUUCCUACUCUUAGCUGAGAAAAAAUUAAACAAACAAAAAAAAACAAGGUGCCACAUGGCCUGUGGUGAGGGCCACCUGUGAACAGGAGCCAGUGACUGCUGGUACCCCCGGGGAGGCCUGACUAGGGUGCAGGCAGUCAGUGAACUAAGUGCUACUGCUGAGGAGGGGCAGACUGUGCCGGGCCUUUCCGCUAGCCUCAGCGGAUCAGCUUUGACCUAGGGGUUCUUUGUAACCUUUCCACAAUGUUCACUGUAAAGACGGGCAGGAUGGAGAGGGACCUGAACCCUCCAGUCCGCCAGUUGACCCUUGUGAUGUGUUUCUCUAUUCAGCCUGUCCUGGUGUGAAGAGAUGAAAGGAGGAAUACCUUGGGGUGUAAAGAGGAAGACAGGUUGGGGAGUCUGUUAUGCCCCUUCCUCCCACUGGAACCCACUUAUCUAUCCCAUGCCCCUCAACUGCAUAGUUGUUUGAAAUUUGUGACAUUGAUCAGCAGAACAGCUUGUUUGUUUCUUAGAAGUAGGCAAGGGUACCUCAGUGAUGGUAGGAAAUAUGUCUCCUGUAUGAAAAUGAUGAAAAGUGGGGUCUGGCGCAGUAGCCUAGCAGCUAAAAUCCUUGC